CGCCGGGCGCAGGGCACGCUGGGGGCCAGCGCGCGGGACGCCGGGAACGGGGGCGGAGCGCGGCCGCGCCGGCGCGUCGAGUGGGAGAGGCAGCUGCUGCGAUGGACGUUUUCCUUAUGAUCCGGCGCCACAAGACCACCAUCUUCACGGACGCCAAGGAGUCGAGCACCGUGUUCGAGCUGAAGCGCAUCGUCGAGGGCAUUCUCAAGCGGCCGCCCGACGAGCAGCGGCUGUACAAGGAUGACCAACUUCUGGAUGACAGCAAGACACUGGGCGAGUGUGGCUUCACCAGUCAAACAGCUAGGCCACAGGCUCCAGCCACUGUGGGGCUGGCCUUCCGGGCAGAUGAUGCAUUUGAAGCUCUGCGCAUUGAACCUUUCUCCAGCCCUCCAGAGCUGCCUGACGUGAUGAAGCCACAGGACUCAGGAAGCAGUGCCAAUGAACAAGCCGUGCAGUGAGAGGGCCUGGGGCCCGCUCCUUCCCAGUGCUCCAACCUCCUCCCCCUCCCCAAAUAAAAGAGAUUUGGGUGUC